AUGUCCAUGCUCAGACAAUUGUGGUCGUCGGCAGUAUCCCGGCUGGUUCCUUCAACCACAAACAUCACACAGAACACAACCAUUAGCCGUUUCACCGCAGCCCGCCCUAGCAUGCUCGGUGCUAACACUGGUAGUUUCUUGAGCUCAAGCUUCGGUCUCCCUCGCUCUCCUUUCGCCGCCAGUCCUUUUGCAGCAACACAAAUGCGUUUUGUAACUUACGGAAACACCUAUCAGCCCUCAAACCUCGUUCGCAAAAGACGCCAUGGAUUCUUGUCCCGUGUAGCAACAAAGAACGGACGUCGAGUUUUGGCCAGACGCAGAUUGAAGGGAAGAAAGUUCUUGACCCAUUAA